AUGGUCCUCUUGUUUUGCAGUUUCCAGGAGCCAAUUAAGAAAAGGAGUAAACUUGUAUUACCAUCACCCCAGAUCUCAGAGGCUGAAUUGGAAGAGGUGGUGAAGGUAGGAUACGCCAGUGAGAAUGCUCGAGCCCAAGCUGAGGAGUCUGGCAUGCAGAAUGGAGCUACACAGAGUUUGUUACAGGACUACUCAGUCACACCAGGUAGCUCUGUACUGAGAACACCAAGAACACCUGCCCUCGCUUCUGAUGUUCUUAUGCAGGAAGCCCAGAACAUAAUGGCUCUUACAAAUGUUGACACACCUCUGAAGGGAGGCCUCAAUACACCCCUGCAUAACUCUGACUUCAGCGGGGCUACACCCCAGCAGAGGAACAUCCAGACCCCCAACACCGUGCUCGGAACACCUUUCAGAACGCCAGGACCUGGGGAAGAGGGAGGUAUGACACCACAUGGAAUGACCCCUAUGAUCACACAGAAUGGGCAACCUGGUGUCACGCCCAUGAGAACACCUAUGAGAGAUAAACUUAACAUUAAUCAGGGGGAUGACUUUGAAUCAGGAACUUUUGAACAGCAAGACCCAAGAGAUCAGUUGAGGCGAGGGUUAGCUGGACUACCACAGCCGAAAAACGAUUUUGAGAUUCUGGUUCCCGAGGACAUGAAUGAGGACCUAGAUGAAGCUGGAGACCAGCAUCAGUAUAUUGAGGACCAGGCAGAACUUGAUGCAAGAUCUGAAGCAGAUAAAAGGGCAAGAAUGGAGAAAGAAUUGAAGUUACAGUCUCACUCUGUACAGAGAGACCUUCCACGACCAUAUGAUGUCAAUGAAAAUAUUUUGAGAGAUGUAGGACCCGGAGACCCUCUCUUAACUGACCUACAGAAGGCCGAAGAGCUGGUGAAGCGUGAAAUGUUGAUCAUGUUGCAUCACGAUGCAGCCUACAAUGCCACAGAAGCUCAGCUAGGGAUCACGCCGGGCUCCAAGAAGAACCAGCCCAGCCAGAAGAGUGUAGCUAAUCAGGCCGCACAUAUUGCUUUCCUUAAAGAGCACCCACUACAGAAAGUUUCAGAGGAGGAGAUUGAACAGGUAAAUAACAAGACUGAUAGAUUAUAAGAAGUAGUCAUUAAU